CAAGAUGGGGCGUGGCUCAGUCGGUACGGACUUCUGGACGCCGUCGGGUCACCCGGGUCCUUGUAUCAAACGACCUCCCAUUCACCUUCUCCCUGAGGCGGUGUGCAGGGCAAUCAAACUGCCGAGGGAGCCGUUUCACCGAGCUAAGCCCCCUUAUUCGUUUUCUCCCCCUCCGGGUUUGUGCGGGCUGGGUACAAGAAGUUGGGUGGGGGCUGCUGCUGCUUGUAUUUGGACUUGCGAGGAGCCAUCCCAACCCCAGGCACGGAUUCUGCUCCUCGGUAGUGGUAGGGAGCCCUUCCUUGUUAGUAGCCUCUCAUCGGGAACUGGACCAUUCAGAGCGAUUAUGAGUCACAAAGCCCUAACGCCUUGGGGGGCUUCCUUCCUUAGGCGGGGUGACGGCCGCGGGGCCCCCACCCCGAGGUGAGGUGACGCCCGUGGUCACUUCACAAGGCAGAAAUUGUUACCUGGGCAAUAAAAGGCACCGCGGCGGAGGGGGCCGAGGAGUGGGCACAUGGGGGUGCAGGUGUGCAGGUGCCAAGCACCAUGGGUUAGGCCCGAGAUUGGAGUCCGGCCGCCCCUCGACAGCAGCCGCCUCCUGCUCCCCGCGCGCCCUAGGCGCCAUGUCGGGCGACAAACUCCUGAGCGAGCUCGGCUAUAAACUGGGCCGCACAAUAGGUGAGGGAAGUUACUCCAAGGUGAAGGUGGCCACAUCGAAGAAGUACAAGGGCACGGUGGCCAUUAAGGUGGUGGACCGGCGGCGCGCACCGCCAGACUUCGUCAACAAGUUCCUGCCGCGCGAGCUGUCCAUCCUUCGAGGCGUGCGGCACCCGCACAUUGUGCACGUCUUCGAGUUCAUCGAGGUGUGCAACGGGAAGCUGUACAUCGUGAUGGAGGCAGCCGCCACCGACCUGCUGCAGGCCGUGCAGCGCAACGGGCGCAUCCCCGGGGGGCAGGCGCGCGACCUCUUCGCACAGAUAGCCGGUGCCGUGCGCUACUUGCACGACCACCACCUGGUGCACCGCGACCUCAAGUGCGAAAACGUGUUGCUGAGCCCUGACGAGCGCCGCGUCAAGCUCACCGACUUUGGCUUUGGCCGCCAGGCCCAUGGCUACCCUGACCUGAGCACCACCUACUGUGGCUCGGCAGCCUACGCAUCGCCUGAGGUUCUCCUGGGCAUCCCCUAUGACCCCAAGAAGUACGAUGUGUGGAGCCUAGGCGUCGUGCUCUACGUCAUGGUCACCGGAUGCAUGCCCUUCGACGACUCAGACAUCGCUGGCCUGCCAAGGCGCCAGAAGCGCGGCGUCCUCUACCCCAACGGCCUCGAGCUGUCUGAGCGCUGCAAGGCCCUGAUUACGGAAUUGCUGCAGUUCAGCCCGUCGGCCAGACCUUCGGCGGGCCAGGUAGUGCGCAACGGCUGGCUGCGCGCUGGAGACUCCGGUUAAAAGCCGGGGUUCCCCCCUCCCAAUUCCCGUCUCCCCAAGCACUGCGCAAGCGCGGCGCAGACGCUCUGUUUCCAGAGUCCUGUGAAGCCGCCAUGCGCCAAUCAUCCUUUCCCCGUUUUCCUCUUCCUCGACCGCGAGACCGUGAUCGCCCCGGUUUCGAGUAUAGUUCCUCCUGCGCGAUUUGAAGAGCGGGAGAGCGCAUGCGCAUCCUCGAUUCCCUGCAAAAAAGCCCCGGGAAGGGGCGGGACCACAGGAUGCAGAAGCAUUGCGCCUGCGCGGAAUGAGCGGCGGUUGUGCUGCCGGAGGUGGCUGCCUUGAGCAGCUGCCUGCGAGGGCAAGCACCGGGAAUGCGUCGGUUCUCGGCUUGUGGCUGAGGCGGUCGCGGGACGGCGCCCUCAGGGCGCCACCCUGGUUGUAACUUGCAAUAAACUCGCUCUGUGUCGCA